AUGAAGCAGAAAUUUGGAGAUCUUGAUUUGAUGGGGCUGGAGCUUUUCAAGUCCAAAUAUCCCGAAGACAAGACAACAAUGUUAAUGGUGCUCACAAACGGCUUCGGUGAUGAAUUCGCGCUUACGCGAAUGAUCACUCGAGCACGGGCGUCACGGGGGCCUGCAAACUCGAAAGAGACGCCUGACACCGCCAUGCACUACGAAACAUGGCUGUUUGAGCGAUGGAGUAACGCUAAACUCGAACCAGACACUAUUCGCUCCAAGCUACUCCUCACAAAGGGCAAGUUUGAUGACGUCUAUGACACCAAAUUGACGAGGCCAUUGUAA